ACCGUUUUCCAACGCAAUGGCAAACGCGGAAGCCAUCCAGGUCAGCUCGUUGCCACUGCCCCCAGCGCAGUACAUCAAUCUGUACACGGAUGAAAACAUACGCAAAAACCGUGCACCUAAACCCCCGGUACCGAUUCAGGAUGCGUACACAAUGUUUGGCAGCCCGUUCAGCAACGACGAUAACAUAAUACGGCCGCUCGAAAGCCAAGGCUUUAAACGGCUCUAUCCUCAGCAUUUUGACCGACGAAAGGAACUGAAAAAGCUGAACCACUCGCUGCUGGUCAACUUUCUCGACCUGAUCGAUCUGCUGGUACACUAUCCAGACAGUCCUAGGCGGGCGGAAAAGAUCGAAGAUCUUAGCCUGCUGUUCGUGCACAUUCACCACCUGCUGAACGAGUUCCGGCCGCACCAGGCCCGCGAAACGUUGCGUGUCAUGAUGGAGCUGCAGAAGCGUCAGCGGAUAGAGACAGCUCAACGGUUCCAGAACCACCUGGAAAAGGUGCGCGAGAUGGUGAAGAAUGCGUUUGCUUCCCUGCCCGAUCUGACGGACGCGGACCGGCACGCUGGUGGGAUGGAACCGAUGGAUGUGGGAGAGGCGGGCGAUCUUGCUGGAGGCCGGGGCGAAGGUUGCCAUCCGCUGGACCGGUUAAUGUGUGAAAUUGUGGACCGAAUGUGAAGUG